AUGGCUUUCUCUGGAAUUCUCAAGGAUGCUGAUAUUGCUGCAGCCAUCCAGGCUUGUCAAGCUCCUGAGUCCUUCAGCUACAAGGAUUUCUUCGUCAAGGCGGGCCUUGCUGCAAAGGCUGUGGAUGAUGUAAAGAAGGCCUUCUAUGUGAUUGACCAGGAUAAGAGUGGCUUCAUUGAGGAGGAAGAGCUCAAGCUGUUCCUGCAGAACUUCUCUGCCAGUGCCAGAGCCCUGACGGAUGCAGAGACCAAGGCCUUCUUGAAGGCUGGAGACGCCGAUGGAGACGGUGCCAUCGGAGUCGAUGAGUUUGUUGCCUUGGUCAAAGGAUAA